UGCUUUCACUAUUAGUGAAGCAUGAGCUCCUUAAAAUCUCGCUCGCUGGAAGAGUUGCAAAUUACCCCCUAAGGAUUUGUAAAAGUAACAUAAGGACGGUCUCGCAGUCUAACAACUCAGUCCAGCAAGGUGAUAUGAAAGCUCAGUGUCAGACAUGCAAAAAAAUAACCAGGAUCAUCUCAUGAGGCAAAGAGAAGCGAUCAGAUGUAGACUGAAGAAACUGAAUGGCAAGCAAAAUGAAAUUACAUCAAAGUCCUCUGCGAUGAGAGAAAGUAUGGUGAAGAAGUAUGAAGAGAUGCGGAGAGUUCUGGAGGAGGACUGUAGGAUCACUUUGUCUCUGCUGGAGAUGGAGAAGACGGCUGCGGUUCGAGCGCUAGACAACCUCAUUGAGGCAAACUGCAUCCUCCUGAGAGACAUUGAGCUUCAGCUGAAUGAAGAGAUGAUGAACAGUGACAUACAGCUUGGCGACAGGGUCACAAUGUAUGAGGACAGGGUGCUGGAAUUGCUAACAGCGACAGACCCCGGUCUCAUAAAACUUGAUGAGGCCAAAUCAGAUCAGCUACUGGGCCUGACCAACAAUUUACUACUGUUUAUCCGCUCACAGAUCCCCAUUGCUAAGAGGCUGCUGAAGAGUUAUUCUUCAGAAGUGGUCCUGGACCCUUCCACUGCCCAUCCCAAGCUGAUUAUUUCAUCUGAAGGGGACUGUGCCACUUUCACAGAUCUAUGGCAAGAUGUCCCUGAGCAUGAGGGACGCUUUGACACCACCCUGAACGUCUUGAGCAUCCAAUGCUGGAAUUCUGGUCACCAUUACUGGGAGGUAGAUGUGAGUGGAAAGAUCUACUGGGAACUGGGUCUCACCUACCCAUCCAUCUCAAGAAAAGGCCAAAAGGAGGACUGCUGGCUGGGCCGGCAUGCUGAAUCUUGGUGCCUGGAGUACUUUGAUGGAGACUACAAUGCUUGGCAUGCAGGUACCGCUCAUCCUUUGCCCAUUUCAACCUGCUUCCAUCGGAUAGGGAUCUUCUGCAGCUUUCCUGGAGGUCUGGUGACAUUUUUAGGGGUGGAUAGCAUGACGCCGCUUUACUCAUUCUGUGCUGGGACAUUUGCAGAUUCUCUACACCUGGCUCUUUGUCCAGGUCAUGAUCUUCAGGGGACGAACUCAAAGCCUGUUAAGAUCUGUCGACCAUGAUCAUCUUUAAAACUCAUACUUAAAUGCAUAUUGUAUUAUUUGGAAAAUAAAUUAGGCCUUCCUAGAACAGAUUAGUUUCAUUUGACUGGCUUUGUGCAGAUUAGAUUUGUUAGUUUGUUUUUUUAAGCUUAAAGUAAAACAUCAAAUAAAACAGUUGAUUCAACUGCA